AUGGUUCAAAGAAACGCUGUUAUAGCAAUAAUCGUGGUCCUCCUCCUCUUCGUCACCAUCCUCAUAAUCUGGUUCUUCUACCGGCUCUCUCACGUCGCAAAACGAGAGGCUCGUCAUCCCUACAGCAGCUCAGGAUCUUCUAGCUUGACUUCUGUCUCUGUUAUCUCUGUACAUGUCGUCCGCAAUGGCCAACCACCUCCUCCACCCGGCUUUGGUGGGAUGAGACCACCACCACGACCGCCAAUUGUGAAUAUGGGGCGGGGACGUUAA